UAACUAUAUGAUGAUGUGGGGUUGUUUGAGUUAUGCACGAAAUAUGACGACGAUGCUUGUUAGUCAGCACUCGGGAUUGGCAGUAUUAGUCUACUUUCAAAUCCGUUGAUCUGAUGACGGUAGCUACCACGAUAUGCCUCUAGAAAAGGGGUAAAAUAACUCGGAACAAUAUCGGGUUAUUACAAUGAAAGAAGUACCUAACUAAAAUGGAAAAGCAGAAACUACAUCCUAUGCAGGUGCCCAGGUGAAGUCCGUCAUAGGUUAGGUACCUCCUGCCUUUAAGGUAGUUAAAAGAGUGGAACCGGAACGGGUUGCCCCAGUUCUUUGUAGCACCAAGUAAAGACCCAAGGCCCCAAGGCCCCAAGGCUCUUGAAAGGCCCAGCCACUUGUCGACGAAAUUCCUACCCGUUGAUUUCCCUCCCAUGUACAUCUCAUACCGUCGGCCGCCGGGUGUUAUGUUGACCGUUACAACCGCCGAGUCGGUCAUCUACUGCUGCGACAUUGUACGCAAUUGUACGUGUGAGCCUCUAGCACUAAGCCGGUAAGCGGGCAUCUCGAUCUUUUUUUUUCGGGGGACGGAGAAAAAGAAAAAAAAAAAGUUCGAGAUGGAUCCAGCUUCACUUGACCCACGUCUUCGUGAUGCCGGUGAGGACUCAAUUGUCGUCAACGGUCCGACGAAUCCGCUAUCAUCUCAAGUCGCCGCCGCAGGAAUCCCCGCAUCAACGUCAAUAUCAACAUCAUCGUCAUUAUCAUCAGGACCUGCACCGGCUCAAGCAUCAACACAACUAGAAACACAACUAGAACUCCCCGAUUCGCCACUUCAACAACAGCUUCAAGCUCAAACAGCUGGUCCAUCACCGCCAGCUUCCACGACCGGCUUCACCCCCCAAACCCCGAAUGGCCAUUCGCAUUCACAUUCGCAUUCGGCCAACAGCGAUACUCCUAAUGCGGCGCAUGAUCCGAACGAUCCUAAGCGGCCGCGAGCCUGCGAGGCUUGUCGUGGUUUAAAGGUGAAAUGUGAACCCGAUCCCGCGAACCCGGACGGGCCAUGCAAACGGUGCGCGAAGGCAGGGAGGAACUGCAUCGUGACGCAGCCCACACGUAAGAGGCAGAAAAAGACGGAUAGCCGUGUUGCAGAACUGGAGAAGAAAAUAGAUGCGUUGACUGCAAGCCUCCAGGCGAGUAGAGGAACACCUAACAAUGCCGUCCAUCCGCCCCCAUCGGAGGACCAUACCUUCGGAUACAAUCAUGCCGCACCCGCAAGAGAUUGGGGCGCUCCGCCUCGAGACACUCAAACCCAACCUCAACACCAAUCUCAUCCUGUUGCUUCGCCCGAGAAGCGUCCAUUAGUACCACCGACAACUAUGGCGGGUCAGAAACGAAAGUUCACCGAAUCGGUAUCCGGUCCCCCUGGCGUGGCCAGCGCUUCGCCAGCAGCACCUAAGCCUAGCGUUGGAUCAGAGCAGCAGCCGCCAGAUAUAAUCGAUCGUGGGUUAAUAACCAUGAGCGAAGCUGCCGCUCUUUUCACCCGGUAUAUGGAGGAUAUGGUGCCUCAUCUACCGGCUGUCGUCUUUUCCGAAGGCACGACUGCCACCGAAGUCCGCAAGACGAAGCCCAUCUUAUUCCUCGCUGUUAUCGCGGCUGCCUCAUCCGAAACGCCGAAGCUUCAACGCCAGCUAGUUAAGGAGAUCAUGCAGAUAUUCGCCGAUCACAUCAUCAUCUCAGGCAAGAAAUCCUUAGAAUUGGUUCAGUCGAUCCUCGUCAGCGUCAUCUGGUACUAUCCACCUGAGCAUUUUGAGGAGUUGAAGUUUUACCAGUUUGUACAUUUGGCGGCUGUCAUGUCAAUCGAUAUUGGUUUGGGUAGGAGGCAGUAUAAUCCAAAGUCUCGACUCAUACCGUAUACCUGGCGUGACCAUCCUUUCAGGAAACAGCCUCUUCCGGACCCUACCUCGAUCGAAGCACGACGGACGUGGCUCGCAGUUUACUUCCUUUCUUCGAACGUAUCCAUGGCUUUGCACCGUCCAAACCUGAUUAGAUGGCAGUCAUUUAUGACCGAGUGUAUGGAUAUCCUAGAAUCUUCCCCAGAUGCGGCACCCACGGAUAGGUACCUCUGCCAUCUUGUUUGGACGCACCGACUCGCCGAGGACGUAGGAAUCCAGUUCUCAAUGGACGACCCCAGUGUAUUCGUCAAUGUCUCAGAGCAAAAAGUACAGUAUGCUCUUCGAGGGUUCGAACGUGACCUCUCCAAGUAUAGCGAAUCUAUCCCCAGAUCAGAUAAAAGGCCAUCCCUUGUACUUGGCUUCCAUGUACUGAAUUUGUACAUGCAUGAAAUCGCAUUGCACGUUGAUAAGAGUGCAGAGGAAUAUCGACCUCCGUGUAAUGCCGACUCUCUUCGGGAACCCAUUCCAGGUUUAGAUGACUCUCUAACCCCGUCGCAUAUCAGCGCUUUAUCAUCAUGUCUUACCGCCAUCGAUGGCAUCUUCGAGACCUUCCUGUCUAUGGACGUCCAUAGUAUCCGUUGUAUCCCGAUCUUUAGUUUCGUUCGGGUUGCUUAUGCCGUGGUCGUGUUGAUAAAAAUGUAUUUCAGCGCCAGCAACUCGGAUUCCGAAUUAGGUAAAGUCAUUAACAAGGACAACAUGAAGGUUGCCGAGUAUCUCGAGAAACUGCUGGAGAAAUUUCGAGAGGUUGCCGCAUCGGAUAAGUCGCGGCCUGCCAGCAAAUUCCUCCUCGUUUUGGCCAUGUUGCGUAAUUGGUUUUAUAGGCAGGGCCAGGCUCAAGGCAAGGUAGGUCAAAACGAUGAAGAAUCGGAGCUUGUGGCGGCCCAUCACGCCAAGAGAUCGGCAUCUCCAAGGGACGAGAAUAGCGACGUAAGUACACAUUUACAACAGCAACAGCAGCAACAACAGCAACAACAUCAACCUCAUUCAAAUCCCGAACCAACAAACACUCCACUCCAACUACUUUCAGAAAUAGCAACCGGAAACGGCCCACCACGCAACAGUGGUUCGAAUCCGCCUCCGCCCGGUGUGGAUAAUAACAACACACAGGCAUUUCAAGAGUGGUUGCGCGCAGCACCGCAACCCCACCAGCCCUUUAUGUACGACCCGACGGGUGGUCCGACACCAAGGGGGAAUUUACAAAUGGGACCGGGACCUGAACAAUCGUUAAUGCCCUGGAUGGCCUCACCAUUCGGGCUUAAUGAUUUCGAUUACGGUAGUCUCGGAGACGGCUUUGAGCAGGCUCUCGGGCUCACACUAACGGGAUUUGGCGGCGGCAGCCCCGGCGACCCGGUCUCGUACGAGGACACUAUGCGCUACAUGAUGCAGAACGACAUGCUCGGGCCCCUUCCAGUAUCUGAGGGCUUUGCCACAGGCCCCCCGCCCCAAAACGGUCCUAAUGGGAAUUUCUUCCAGUUCUAAAGCCACCUUGAUAGGAACCAAACCACUUGUACUAUUACGAUAUUAUUAUUAUACCUACCCGCUUUCUAAAUCUGCGUCGAGAA